AUGUCUCCCUCUCACUCUCCACCGAGACCUGAGGAGCACUCCUCUACAGAGUCCUACGACAUGACUGAAGCCAAAGACUUCGCGCGGUCAAAAAGCCCAGACCGCCUGCGAGUCCCAAAGAGUCACAGUGUCACCUUCAGCAACAUCGCCGAAUUCCAGAGUGCUUCGAACGUUGACCCUCCCGAGACCAUGCUGGCAGAGACGUUUACACUCGAGCCUUUCAGCCGAAGACCGCGGUCUAUGUCGCAUCAUCUGUCUAGCAAAGAUAUCCCAUCACGCAAGGCACUGACAUUGAGAGCGCGGUUUUGGCGGUUUCUGAUGACAUUGGGAAUGCAUUUCCACGAUUGGGCACCUCCUCGAGCCCCGAGACCGUCUUUCAAGCACGAGAUACCGACCGACACUAUCCCCAUUGAACUAUACUUCUAUCUCCCUCCCCGAUACCAUGGCAUGCUCGACCACGAACCAGACUUCCGGUUCCCCGCGGUGAUCAAUUUCCACGGAGGCGGGUUCUGCUUGGGUGAUGCACGAGAUGAUCGCUACUGGGCAAGAGUGGUUAUGGAAUAUACAAAUGCUAUCUUCAUCAGUGUUAACUAUCGCCGUGCACCUGAGCACCCUUUCCCCAUACCUGUAGACGACUGCGUCGAAGCCAUCCUCUAUGUCGCAGAACACGCUGUGGAGCUCCAUAUCGACCAGUCCAACAUCGCCCUGUCAGGGUUCUCCGCGGGCGCAAACCUAGCCUUCUCAGCUCCUUUCAGACUCAGCUAUCAUCGCAACCUCAUCGCCACGACGCAUGACGCAGAUUCCCGGCCGACGACAGCCCAAACCGUGAGUACGAUGGGCAGCAUGGUGCACGAUGACAGCGACACCGAAGCCAAUGACCAUGACCAUGACCAUGACCUACACGAUCACGAAACCUACAACUUUGUCACCCCGGUGCAAUCGACCUCGAAUCUCGUCCAACAUCGGACCAGGACACCGCUUCAAAUCCGCAGCAUCGUGGCCUGGUACCCUCUGCUUGACUGGACCAUGUCCCGGUCGCGCAAGAUUCGCGAAUCUCGGAAUCCCAAGAAAUGUCUGCCAAAAACAUUCACCGACCUCUUCGAUUUCUCGUACCUACCUCCGCCCGACGUGGUCGGCGAUCAUUGCAGCCCAUAUGCCUCACCGGGCCUUGCGCACGACCACAUGAUCCACGAGUGUCUCCCGCAAGACAUCCAAAUGUGGCUAUGUGAAUGGGACAUGCUCUUGCGCGAGGGGCAGGUUUUUGCCGACCGUCUCGAAAGACUCGGCAAGAACAUCGACAGCAAACUCAUCCCUCGCGUGCCUCACGGCUGGGACAAAUCGCCCAACCCGUUCCGAGACCAAAAGGCCGUUGACUUUCUGUACACCAAGUCAGCCAUCAACCUGAACAAGGUCUUCCAGAACAAGGACGGUCUUGGCCCUGGAAACUCGAUGAGCUCUCUGCAUCCCACCGACAGUAUCAUUGAGCGACAACCAAGAAGGAGCAUCGUUCUGCCCCUGUAG